CCCUUCAAGAGCCCCAGCCGCUUUCUUCCAGUUUGAGCUCUCUGUGGCGUCACUCGCUGGGAACUGACCAUCCUCUCCUUCCCACUCACCAUCCAGUCACAUCUGAGGACUCUGCACCUGCCUGGUGCCGUUGUCACCUCUGACCUUCCUUCUCCAGCUUUCCUUACCAUCCAGAGUGAGCUCUGGUUACCUCUAGUAUCACCUUUAGUGAUUGUAUCCUCACCUGUAGCAUUGGGACGCCCGGUAGCCUCUCACCUCCGAGUCUCCUUGUUUUUUUCCAGGAUGCAGCCCGAGCUUCUGUCUGCAUUUAUUUCAGGGCAUUCACCCAUCAAGCCACUGCCCGGAGCUUAGUGUGGGUGUUGCUGCAGCUCCAGGCUGGGUGGUGUGGGGCUGCACAGAUGAUCGUUCUGUGGGCCCCACCCUGGGGAGCCAUCCAGGGUCAGGGGAGUGGACACCGAUCAACCAGAUAAUCUUUACUGUCUGGUAGAAAGCAGUCUGUGGCCCAAGUGGCACCAUUAGGAAGUCCCCAGGUGCCUGAAACUCCCAUUUUAAAACCAAAAGCAAAUUCCACAUCACCUCCCUGAGCUGACUUGACUUCUUCUGUUAACGGCAUCACUGUCUGAGUCUGGGACUGUAGCUUGGUACUUUAAAUGCCCUCACAGCUGCUUUGCCACACGAUAGGUGCUCCAUAAAGACUCGUGUAGUGAAUGCUUAAAAGUCUGUCCUGUCUAUUGCUCAGUUCAUGAGGGACUUCUGGGGCUUUCUAUCCAGCCCAGUGCUCCCCACCCCCUGCCCCCCAUUCUCCCAUACCACCUGGUGCUUCCCUGCAUUCCUGUUCUGAUUGUGAAGGUUUGUUGAAGUGCUUACCACCCUCCUGACAGGGAGCUUUGAGGCCCCAUCUCUCCAGAUCAAAGAGGACCCCUGGUAGGUGUCUGACACACAGCGGACACCAGAUAAAUAAUUAUUAAAUGAAGAAGGAAUGAAUCUUUGCCUCUUACUGCCUGCCAAGUUGUAGCCACAGAGUGAAGGCUAGUUGAAUACAUGAAUGAGUGGACUGUAAAAGAAUUUGAUAUAUAUAAGCUUAGCUUGUCACUGGCCACAGUCAGGCCCGGUCUGAUUACGUUUAUAGAGAUGCUGUUGACUUUUGCUUCCUCCCUGUGGGGCUGUGACCUGGCGCGGAGGCUGCCAGGCUUCCCGUGGAGGGGCUGAGAUGUGAGGUCUCCACAGUGUGCCGCAGACACACCUGACGGGCUCCUCACCCACUUCUGAGCCUCCUACUUGGAAAAAAAAAAACAACACCCCGAAAUGGUGCCGUGUUCUGUCUGUUUUAUCCCACAAGCCCCGGGGAUCUUUGGGGUGGGAUGGCGGGAGGGGUGGGGGUGGAAUUGCAGUCGGGGCUGCCCUUCUGGGUAACAGGUGACCCUGUUGCGGAUGGCGGGCUCCGAUCUGCCCCCCCACCCCCCACCCGGGGUGCCGGCCAGCCCGCUUAGUCUCGCCUCCCCUGUUCUGUCCGCAGGCUGCCCGGCGCCCCGACGAGGCCGCUGAGCCCCGGGCCAUGGUCCCGUCUCGCCGGCCGUGGAACCUGGGAGCCACGCCCUCGCUGCGCGGCCUGUGGAGAGUGGGCCGGGCCCGGGAGCCCGAGCCCGGGAUGGCUCGCCCCGCCCCCGCCAGCCCGGCCGCCCGCCCUUUCCCACACACCGGCCCGGGGAGGUUGAGAACUGGGCGUGGAAAAGAUAUCCCAGUCAGCGGUGACGAGGACUCCAGUGCCCGAAGUGCAGCUCGCCCGGCCCUAGCUCAGUGCCGGGCCCUCAGUGUGGACUGGGCCGGCCCCGGGAGCCCCCACAGGCUCUACCUGACCGUGCAGCAAGCCCUGCUGGACAAGGGGUGCGAGAACAAGAGUCAGGGGACGAAAGAAGAGAAGCUCCUGAAGAGGCAGGCACCGGGCCCCAGGCGGGACCGGGAGGCCCAGGAAGCUGGUGGCGCCAUGAAUGUAGAGAAAACAGGUGGGCGGCUCUUUGGCAGCGGGAGGUGCUCGAGCCUGGCGGGGCCGCCAGGUGCAGCCCCCAUGGUGCAUAGGAUGGUGGAGGCCAUGUCCCAGCUGCAGGAGGAGAAAGCCCGGCUACAGGAGGAGCUGGCAGCCCUACAGGAGAGGCUGGCCCUCCGAGACAGUGACCAGCAAGCCACAUCCACCCAGCUGCAGAAUCAGGUGGAAAACCUGAAGGAGAAGCUCAUUAGCCAAGCCCAGGAAGUGAGCCGCCUUCGAUCAGAGCUGGGAGGCACGGACUUGGAGAAGCACCGGGACCUGCUGAUGGUGGAGAAUGAACGGCUGAGGCAGGAGAUGCGGCGCUUCGAGGCAGAGCUGCAGGAGCUGCGGGCCAAGCCGGUGGCCCCCUGCACGGGCUGCGAGCACAGCCAGGAGAGCGCCCAGCUCCGGGACAAGCUGUCACAGCUGCAGCUGGAGGUGGUGGAGAACAAGGGCAUGCUUUCGGAGCUGAACCUGGAGGUGCAGCAGAAGACCGACCGGCUGGCGGAGGUCGAGCUGCGGCUCAAGGACUGCCUGGCCGAGAAGGCGCAGGAGGAGGAGCGGCUGAGCCGGCGCCUCCGGGACAGCCACGAGACCAUCGCCAGCCUGCGGGCCCAGUCGCCGCCAAUCAAGUAUGUCAUCAAGACCGUGGAAGUGGAGUCGUCCAAGACCAAGCAGGCCCUCAGCGAGUCCCAGGCCCGGAACCAGCACCUGCAGGAGCAGGUGGCCAUGCAGAGGCAGGUGCUAAAGGAGAUGGAGCAGCAGCUGCAGAGCUCGCACCAGCUGACCGCGCAGCUCCGGGCGCAGAUCGCCAUGUACGAGUCAGAGCUGGAGCGGGCACACGGGCAGAUGCUGGAGGAGAUGCAGUCCCUGGAGGAGGACAAGAACCGGGCCAUCGAGGAGGCCUUUGCCAGAGCCCAGGUGGAGAUGAAGGCUGUGCACGAGAACCUGGCAGGUGUCCGGACCAACCUGCUGACGCUGCAGCCAGCGCUGCGGACCCUCACCAACGACUACAAUGGGCUCAAGCGGCAGGUGCGUGGCUUCCCCCUGCUCCUGCAGGAGGCUCUCAAGAGCGUCAAGGCUGAGAUCGGCCAAGCCAUCGAGGAGGUCAACAGCAACAACCAGGAGCUCCUGCGCAAGUACCGCCGGGAGCUGCAGCUGCGCAAGAAGUGCCACAAUGAGCUCGUGCGGCUGAAAGGGAAUAUCCGGGUGAUUGCUCGUGUCAGGCCAGUCACCAAAGAGGACGGAGAAGGACCCGAAGCGACCAAUGCUGUGACCUUCGAUGCUGACGAUGACUCCAUCAUCCACCUACUGCACAAAGGAAAGCCUGUGUCCUUUGAGCUGGACAAGGUCUUCUCCCCGCGGGCCUCACAGCAGGACGUGUUCCAGGAGGUACAAGCCCUGAUCACCUCCUGUAUUGACGGCUUCAACGUCUGCAUCUUUGCCUAUGGCCAGACGGGUGCCGGCAAGACCUACACGAUGGAGGGGACCCCUGAGAACCCAGGCAUCAACCAGCGGGCCCUGCAGCUGCUCUUCUCCGAGGUGCAGGAGAAGGCGUCCGACUGGGACUACACCAUCACCGUCAGCGCUGCUGAGAUCUACAACGAGGUCCUCAGGGACUUGCUGGGGCAGGAGCCCCAGGAGAAGCUGGAGAUCCGGCUGUGCCCAGACGGCAGCGGACAGCUGUACGUGCCGGGGCUGACAGAGUUCCGGGUGCAGAGCGUGGAGGACAUCAACAAGGUGUUUGAGUUUGGCCACACCAACCGCACGACCGAGUUCACCAACCUGAACGAGCACAGCUCCCGCUCACACGCCCUGCUCAUCGUGACGGUGCGCGGGGUGGACUGCAGCACGGGCCUCCGCACCACGGGGAAGCUGAACCUGGUGGACCUGGCCGGCUCGGAGCGUGUGGGCAAGUCAGGGGCUGAGGGCAGCCGCCUGCGGGAGGCGCAGCACAUCAACAAGUCGCUAUCAGCCCUGGGGGACGUCAUCGCCGCCCUGCGCUCCCGCCAGGGCCACGUGCCCUUCCGCAACUCCAAACUCACCUACCUGCUGCAGGACUCGCUCAGUGGAGACAGCAAGACCCUCAUGGUGGUGCAGGUGUCCCCCGUGGAGAAGAACACCAGCGAGACGCUGUACUCCCUGAAGUUUGCAGAGAGGGUGCGCUCUGUGGAGCUGGGCCCUGGGUCCCGCAGGGCAGAGCUCGGGUCCUGGUCCAGCCAGGAGCACUUGGAGUGGGAGCCGGCUUGCCAGACCCCACAGCCCUCGGCACGAGCACACUCAGCCCCCAGCUCCGGGACCACCAGCCGCCCAGGCUCCAUCCGGAGGAAGCUGCAGCCCUUGGCCUGACGGCUGGGGCUGCAGAGUCUCCAGGGAAGUCAAGGCCGGUGCCUGUGUGAUGGACGUGUCCACCCUACCAGACCGGGGACUGGGUCGUGAGGCCUUGCUGGCCCGCUCCUGCUGUAGCACUGGGAGCCUAGGAGGCAAAGGCCAGGGUGGAGGCACCUCUUCCACCCCGUCUCCACUCAGAGAUGAGAAACAUGCUCAGAAGGAAAUGGUGUCUCUCGUCCGUGGCUGUGGGUUCAAGUGGCACAGGCCGGAAGGGUAGGGAUGGACCACUCUGCCUGGCAGGCCCGGGCCAUCAGGGGGCCCUCACGGGGAGGGCAGGAGUAUGCGGGAAGGUGGUCCUCUCGCCCAGCCUGGUCUGACCCUCCCCCGCCUGCCGGGCCCGUCUCUAGUGGGUGCGCUGAGGAGCCCCCGGGGGGGCACAGGAACCAUGACACCUGGGCAGUUUGGUGGGCACCCUGGGGCAGCCCUGGCCGCAUGCGGGCCCUGUGCUGGACAUGUACAUAGUGUUCUAGGUGUACAUAGGGGCACGGCCCUCCCCGCCGAGGGCCGGCCUGUAUUUAUGGCUGGCAGGAGGCCAGUGGGCGGGGAUUCUGCUGCUCCCCUCAUCUGCCUGGUACCAGGCUCUCUCCUUGCUCACUGGCCUCUUGACAUUUUCCCCCCUUUGAAAUCCUAUUUAAGAACUUUUGGAAGCUUAGCCAUUUUUACUUAAAAUAAAAACCUUUUUACACAA